CUCGACUCCGCCGAGGCUGUAGAGUGAAGCAAUGACGCGUCUUGCCGCCGCUUGCCUGUUUAGUCUUCAUUUUCUUUCUUACAUUAUUGUAUGCUAUCAAGACAACAGUAACAACCGUCCUCGUGAACAAAGCACAGUAUCUGAAUCAUCAAGAAGGUUUCGCGCGGAGUUCUUGGAGGAUUGGCCUCAUACACCCGGAGCGCCUUACUUCGACCCUAGCACUCCGGACAAUGUGACCGGUUUAGUUGGACACCCAGUCACUCUGCUUUGUAAAGUGAAAAAUUUGCAAAAUCGCACUGUAUCAUGGGUACGUCAUCGCGAUAUCCAUUUGUUAACGGUGGGUCGCUACACGUACACCUCCGACCAACGGUUCGAGGCGCAACACAAGCCGCGCUCCGAAGAGUGGGCGCUGAGGAUACGCAGCCCGCAGCGGCGCGACUCCGGACAAUACGAAUGUCAGAUAUCAACUACGCCGCCCAUCGGACACGCUGUAUAUCUCAAAAUUGUUGAACCAGAAACUGAAAUUUUGGGUGGAUCGGACCUGUUUAUCUAUGCUGGUUCUACGAUCAACUUAACUUGUAUCGUCCGACAUACACCGGAACCGCCGAACACAAUAAAUUGGACUCAUAGAGGAAAGACAAUAAACUUUGAUUCAACACGAGGCGGCAUCUCGCUGGUGACAGAGAAAGGUUUCCACAGCAGCAGUCGGUUACUGAUCCAGUCGGCGCGGACGUCCGACGCGGGCUCGUAUCAAUGCGUGCCCGACAACGCGUUGUCAGCAACCGCUAGAGUACAUGUUUUAACUGGAGAGACGCCAGCUGCGAUGCAAGGCGGAGCACAAUGGAUAAGCAAUGGCGUUCCCAAAAUAGUUUUUAUUGCUAAUAUCAUAAUACAUUUGUAUGCAUACGUUAAUUAAAGAACCAACAGUAAGUUUUAUAAUUAAGGAAAUCUUGAAUACCGCAGAAUCUCGUUGUGAAUAUUAGGCCGAACUUUAUAAUCGAUCGCAAACUAUUUUGAUAAUUUAACAGUGGUAGAGCCCGCUUUGACAUCUUCGCCGUGAAA